GAGUACAAGAAGAGUCUCAUUAAGCGGGAUUUGGAGAUGGGGAUAGUGAUGACUGUGUUCAGACAGAGGAUGGAGAGGCUUACAGUGCAGGUCAUCAUGGAGACGCGACAGGUGGCCUGGUCGCGCACCGCUAACAAGACAGAAGGAGUGUUGGACCUUUUUGAGAUCCGGGAAGUACGAGCAGGAAAAAACUCCAAGGACUUUGAUCGAUUCAAGGACAGCAAGGAUAAAUAUAUAGAACCCAACUCAUGCUUUACUAUAUUCUAUGGCUCUCAGUUUGUUCUCAACACUCUCAGUCUGGCGGCUGAUUCAGUGGAGGAUGCAGAAAAAUGGCUGGCAGGACUGGAGUUACUCAGACAGGAGACACUGGUGGCUUACACACCAAAUAUUAUAGAAAGUUGGCUGAGGAAGCAGAUGUACUCGGUUGAUCAAACAAAGAAAAACAGCAUCACCCUGAAAGAGCUCAAGUCUCUGUUGCCUCAGAUGAACUUUAAAUUACCAGGUGGACGUUUUUUGAAGGACAGAAUUGUGGUGGUGGGAGCAAAGAAAGAAGUUCUGGAUUUUGAGCAAUUUCACAAAUUCUACAAUCUUUUGAUGUUUGACAACCAAAAGAUGAUUCUAGAUGAGUUUAAAAAGGAGUCGUGUGCUUUCAUCAUGGGUAACAGCGAUCAGCCUAUUCAACUCUGCGAUUUUCAAAAAUUCCUUUUAUUUCAUCAGAGAGAGUCUUGGGCCAACAAUACAAAUCAAGUCCGAGAGCUGAUGACCAUUUUCAUCGAUGACACCAUGAGGAAGACCAACGAUCCAGCCUUUACUGUUGAAGAGUUCCUUAGUUUUCUCUUCUCCAAAGAGAACUCGAUCUGGGAUGAAAAGUUCUCAGAGAUUUGCCCACUGGACAUGAACAAUCCUCUGUCUCACUACUGGAUCAACUCUUCUCACAACACAUAUUUGACUGGAGAUCAGCUGCGCAGCGAGUCCUCAACAGAAGCUUACGUGCGCUGCCUGAGGCUGGGCUGCCGCUGUGUCGAGUUGGACUGCUGGAAUGGCCCCGAUGAACCUAUUAUAUACCACGGCUGGACUAGAACCUCCAAGAUAAAGUUUAAGGAUGUGGUGAAGGCCAUCAAUGAUCAUGCUUUUGCAACAUCUGAGUUAGUCAUCAACAACACACACAUUCACACAUUUAUUUGUGAGGUUUUGCGCAGCGGACGAGUUCAACAUUGUCGAAUCCGUUCCUGCUUAGAAGGAGGCCACACUGUCUAUUUCCUCACAGACAACCUGCACUUCCCCAGUGUGUACACGCUUGUCCAGUAUUACAGAGAAAGCCCUCUCCGCUGUCAGGAUUUCAACCUGCGCCUCACUGAUUUUGUGCCUCGACCAGACCAGCACCUGCAAGAAGGGUGGUUUUACAGUAACUUGAGUCGGGGUGAGGCAGAGGACUAUCUCAUGAGGAUCCCUCGAGAUGGAGCCUUCCUCAUCAGACAGAGAGAAAAUUCAGACUCUUAUGCCAUCACCUUCAGAGGUGAAGGGAUGGUGAAGCACUGCCGGAUAAACAAAGAUGGAUCUAUGUACGUGCUCGGCACCUCCAGCGAAUUUGAGAGCCUGCUGGAAUUGGUGGACUAUUUCCGAAAGAAACCACUGUAUCGGAAGAUCAAACUGCGCUACCCGGUCACACCAGAUCUGGUGGAACGCUUCAGUUCAAUAACCAUAUCUGCUUCACUUUAUGAUUCUAAACAGUACGUGGAGGCCAAUGAGAUAGAGCCGUCUCUGCCCCAUAGAACAGUGAUGGCCCUCUAUGACUACAGGGCCAUGCGGCCGGAUGAACUCACCUUUUACAAGGGCACUUUGAUCCAUAAUGUGACCAAGGAGGCAAACGGAUGGUGGAAAGGAGACUAUGGUGGAAAACUGCAGCAAUAUUUCCCUUCAAAUUAUGUAGAAGAAGUUGCCAAUGCAUCUGAGGCAGGUUACCAGGGCGAUGAGGAAAAUCCAUUGGGUGACUUAUGUAAAGGAAUAGUGGACAUCUCGAAGUGUACUGUUGUUCGUUCAGCCAAACACAGCAGGCCUGUGGUGGUGACACUGCAGGAUAAGGAGAAUAAAGACAUGCCGUUUGAUUUGGCCACUGAGACCACCGAGGAGCUGUACGAGUGGUAUCAGGUGGCUUGGGACAUCACACAGAGAGAAGAAAACCGAGAGUUUGAGAAACAAAAGCAAAGGGAGGUUGAGAGCAGGGACGAGGUGGCCAGCGAGAUGUCUGAACACGUCGUUUAUUGCCAGCCUCGCAGCAAAGACAAGGACCGCUUUGAUAAUUAUACCUACAAAGAGGUUCGCUCCUUCGUAGAAAAUAAGAUUCCCUCCAGAAACAAGUCGACUCAAUUUAUGUUGUAUAACCGCAAGGCGCUCAGCCGCGUCUACCCUAAGGGCCAGCGGGUGGAUUCCUCCAACUAUGAUCCGUAUCCUCUGUGGAUGUGCGGCUGCCACAUGGUGGCACUCAACUUCCAAACCGCUGAUAAGUACAUGCAGCUGAACAGCGCCCUCUUCAGUCUGAAUGGAGGCACAGGAUAUGUACUGCAGCCUGAGCUGAUGCGCAGCGAUUCGUAUGACCCUCAUCAGGAGAAGAAGAAUAUCAGAUUUACUAUCACCAUUAGGGUGAUAGGAGCAAGACAUCUUCCCAAACCAGGACGAAGCAUUGCCAGUCCCUUUGUGGAGAUCGAACUGUGUGGCCAAACAGAGGAAAACAAAUUCAAGACUAUCGUUUGCCAUGAUAACGGACUGAACCCUAUAUGGCUCGGGCCGAACAAUCAGCCUUCGGAGACAUUUACUUUCAGCGUGUAUGAACCAGACCUCACCUUUCUGCGCUUUGUGGUCUUUGAGGAGGACAUGUUCUCUGACCCCAAUUUCCUGGCCCAGGCUACGUUCCCUGUGAAAGGUGUUCGCUCAGGGUACAGAUCCGUCCCUUUAAAGAACGGCUUUAGUGAAAACCUAGAGCUGGCAUCUCUACUGGUGUAUGUUGAUAUACAGCAGGUGGAGAAAGCGCAGGAGGAACUUUACUCCUCCUCGAAACAGUUGCAAAAGAAACAGGCGGAGUUAAGCAACGAGUUCUGCCUCUACGACACUCACUCCAACCAGUUCAUGUACUCAGAAAAAAAGAUGAAUAAACAGCAAAAAAUCAACAACAGCAAGUUCUACUCAUGAGGAAAGUCUAGUUCCCUUCCGGCCUGGUUCUAAUGUUCUUAAGGGUCUCUUCCUCUCGGUUCCGCUGCUCUAUUACUACUGGUUCCCUAACAGGCCCCAACAGGAAGUUGCAGCCAUCUCACUCUUGUGCUCACACAGGAAUUCAUUGCAAAGAGAAUCUGAGCAAUACUCAUAGGUGAAUACUCUGUGGAAAGUGUAGCUACAACCCAGAAGUUGUAAAACUCUUUAAAUUGAAGGCAUGAAAACUGCAUGAAGGAUUUUAUUUUUUUUUUGUAACUGUGAAACUUCAUCUAUCGUCUUCAUCUGAUUGUAACAUUUCAUUUGCAGCUGUAUUAAACUUUUCCUUAUUGUCUUAAAAAUUUAAAUAGCAAACAAGACGUUAUUUAUUUGGUUUCUAUCUUGUUUUUAAUAUGCUGAGGAAGUUUUAUCAGGUUUGGUUGGAUAUGCAAGCGAUAAUGCACAGUCUGACAGUCAUUAUCUCAAAUAAAUUAGUUUAUUUUUUUUUGUAUAAUUGCCAUUUGUUUGUACAUUAUCCUGAUAAUUACACAGCUACUCACCAAAUAAAUAAA